CGGCGCCGAGUCUAACUAGCUGGUGGUAGGCGCGCCGGUUUGGGCAGUAGACUUUCUCGUCUUCGCUCGCGUCCGCUCCGCCCUCUCCUCCUGUGGAUAAUUUGCUGCUCGCCAAUCGCAACAUGACUCUGGAAGAAGUUCGCGGCCAGGACACGGUUCCCGAAAGCACGGCCAGGAUGCAGGGCGCCGGGAAAGCGCUGCACGAGCUGCUGCUGUCUGCGCAACGCCAGGGUUGCCUCACCGCCGGCGUCUACGAGUCCGCCAAAGUUCUGAACGUGGACCCCGACAACGUGACCUUCUGCGUGCUGGCCGCCGACGAGGAGGACGAGGGCGACAUCGCUCUGCAGAUCCACUUCACUUUGAUACAGGCGUUCUGCUGUGAGAACGACAUAGACAUCGUGCGCGUGGGCGACGUGCAGAGGCUGGCGGCGAUCGUCGGUACCGGCGACGAGGCGGGUGCGCCGGGGGACCUGCACUGCAUCCUCAUUUCGAACCCCAACGAGGACGCAUGGAAGGACCCCGCCUUGGAGAAACUCAGCCUGUUCUGCGAGGAGAGUCGCAGCGUCAACGACUGGGUGCCCAAUAUCACCCUCCCCGAGUGACAGCCCCGCGGGGAUCCUUGGUCUGAUCGACGUGGUGACGCCCCGGGGCGCCUAGCGCGGGGCUGGCUCUGUGGAUGCGCCCUCCGAGGGCGCCGGAGUGCGGCGUGGAGACUGGCAGGCGGGGGCGCGUGGAGAGCGGCGAGGAGGUGCGGCUCCCUCCCGAGGAGGGACCCGGCGGCGGCAGGGGCAGGCUGGCCCCAGCCCAGGACUCUACAAGUGUGGGGAGCGGCUGCUCGCCCAGGAAGGCCGGAGGCGGGACCUUGGCCGCGCGGCCGAGAAGGACGGACUGGCCGGGCAGGAGUGACUCAGCAGCCUGUACUCCCGGCAGAAAGGAGGAGAAAGGCAAGGCCAGGCGGCCUGGACUUGUACAACAGUUACAGGAGCUCUGACGGAUUUAGCAGUAUGCACUGCUGUUUCAAAACGGACAAGGGUGAUGCUUCAUUUUCUAAAGGAUUAUGCUGCUGCAGCUUUGAGUUUUACAAUAAACUUACUGAAACAAACUUAUUCUC